AGGACGCAAGCUGCCAGCUGGAGAAGCAGGUUAGCCAGUCAGCUCGGUUGAUAAUACACGUGUUUGCAUUGGUGCAACAACGUGUGGUUUGUGAACGGAAAGAAAUUCAUAAACAUCACGUCAAAGUACUGUCGGACUUUUCUCUACAGUUGUUUGUCUUACAUGCCACUAUGAAGUACAUCCUGGUUACUGGCGGUGUUAUAUCUGGUAUUGGUAAGGGCAUCAUUGCCAGCAGUGUUGGAACAAUCCUCAAGUCCUGCGGUCUUCAUGUCACAGCCAUCAAAAUCGACCCGUAUAUCAAUAUUGAUGCCGGUACCUUUUCACCUUAUGAACACGGUGAGGUGUUUGUUCUCGAUGAUGGCGGGGAGGUGGAUCUAGAUUUGGGAAACUAUGAGCGUUUUCUGGACAUCCGCCUUAUCAAAGAUAACAACAUCACCACUGGAAAGAUCUAUCAGUCGGUAAUCAACAAGGAGAGAAGAGGAGACUAUCUGGGCAAAACUGUUCAAGUUGUACCACACAUCACAGAUGCUAUCCAGGAAUGGGUAAUGAAGCAGGCAACCAUCUCAGUGGAUGAGGACGGUGUGGAACCUCAAGUUUGUGUCAUAGAGCUAGGAGGCACAGUAGGGGACAUCGAGAGCAUGCCUUUCAUUGAAGCCUUCAGACAGUUCCAGUUCAAGGUGAAAAGGGAGAACUUCUGCAACAUCCAUGUCAGCUUGAUACCACAGCCCAAUACCACAGGAGAGCAGAAAACCAAACCAACCCAGAGCAGUGUCCGAGAGCUCAGAGGGCUGGGCCUGUCUCCAGAUUUGAUUGUGUGUCGCUGUGUGACGCCUCUAGAAACGUCUGUCAAGGAAAAGAUCUCUAUGUUUUGUCACGUGGAGCCCACACAGGUGAUCUGUGUCCACGAUGUGUCCUCGGUUUAUAGAGUUCCUCUGCUGCUGGAGGACCAGGGUGUUGUGAACUACUUACGUGAGCGGUUGAAGCUGCCCAUUGAGAUGAGACCCAGAAAGAUGUUCACAAAGUGGAAGGAGAUGGCUGAUAGAUCCGACCGUCUCUUGGAGCAUGUUUCCAUAGCCCUGGUGGGGAAAUAUACCAAGUUAGCUGACUCUUACACAUCUGUAAUUAAGGCUCUAGAGCAUUCGGCCCUUGCCAUUAAUCACAAACUAGUGGUCAAGUACAUAGACUCUGCAGACUUGGAGAAUACUACCCUGCAAGAUGAUCCAGUGAGAUACCAUGAGGCCUGGCAGAACCUCUGCAGUGCUCAUGCUGUCUUGGUGCCGGGAGGUUUUGGUACAAGAGGGACAGAAGGCAAGAUGCAAGCUAUUUCCUGGGCACGGAAGCAGAAUAAGCCAUUUCUGGGGGUUUGUUUGGGCAUGCAGCUGGCAGUUUGUGAGUUUGCUCGCAGUGUUCUUGGAUGGGAAGAUGCCAACUCCACAGAAUUUAAUCCAGAAUCCAAACACCCUGUGGUGAUUGACAUGCCUGAACACAACCCAGGCCAGAUGGGUGGGACUAUGAGGUUGGGAAAGAGGCAAACCGUUUUCACGUCCAGCACCAGUGUACUGAGAAAGCUGUAUGGAGAUGUGGAAUCUGUUGAUGAAAGGCACAGACACAGAUUUGAGGUGAAUCCAGAGCUGAAACACCACUUUGAAAAAAAGGGACUUCAGUUUGUUGGACAGGAUGUGAAAGGAGAGAGAAUGGAAGUCAUAGAAUUAGAGGACCACUGUUACUUUGUUGGAGUGCAGUACCAUCCAGAGUUCACUUCCAGACCCAUCAAACCUUCUCCUCCAUAUUUGGGUCUUCUGCUGGCUGCUGCGGGAAAACUCCAGAGCUACCUGGCCAAGGGCUGUCGCCUUUCUCCACGGGACAACUACAGCGACAACAGUGGUAGCAGCUCUCCUGAAAUGGACCUCUCAUCUGAGCUGAAGUUCCUGUCUUUGUAGGAGUAAUUUUUGUUUUUGUGUCACUCAUGGAGAUAAAUGCAAGGCCCAGGAAAUAUAACUGACUCUGUAAAAGCAAUAUUUGUAUUAAACAGUAUUUUUAAAAAUUGUUGAUACAAUAUUGUAGUAAGCAUUAAUAAUUUAUGCUGUUCAAAUAUUUUGCCUUCAGGAAAAUAUUAAAGGUAAGGGAAUUCUGUUAACUCUGUCGGUGUUUUAAAGCUGCUGUAAAAAUCCAAACCUUUAUUAAAGGUGCUCUGACAAAUUUCUGAGAAAGAUGAUCAUGUUGGAGUUUUACAGAGAAACUUGUGACUUGCUCAGAAUUCACUGGUAAUUUUGCAGGACCUGUUUGGUCUCUGUGUCCCGGUUUUAUCUGUCGUUGCUCCCCACAUUACCCACAGACCUCAUUGUGGGGGGGCAUAACAUGUAGCAUGUGAGAAAGGGUCGGGGGGUUUGUGCAGUCGGGGUUCUUUUGACUGCCAUCCUGCAAAUCACUCCAGUCUGUAUAAGAAGCAUGUUUAAAGGUUUUUACUUGUGUGUGUGUGUGUGUUGGUAGUCAGAGAAGUUAUUGAUACAUUUACCAGUUUUAAAUACUUGUAACUAUCUCCUUUUUUUUUUUUUUUUUUAUUAUUUGGAUUAUUUGUAUUUUGUAUUUCUCCUUAGUUUUAAUACUGCCUUUAGUUUUAAACAAUUGUCCUCUGUACUGCAUCCAAAUCUGUAUGGAAAUGAGAUUAAAAUAGGAUGAAAUAUUUUUCUGUAGUAAUGUAAAUGAUUUAGGCAUCAUGGUUGCUGGGUUUUAAUUUCUGUAUGUAAACUGUUAUUUGAUAACUUUGCUUUGGGGUCAUGAGAGAGUUUUUUUUUUUGUUUUAUUUGGCGUUUUUUAGGCCCUAAAGCUGAGCUCACUAUUUGAGGUUGCACAAUUUGUGCCUUCAUCCAGUAAACACAACUGCCCUUUACCACUAUUUCAGACUAAGAACUUUUUUUAAUGGAUGUGCUGAUACACAGUCAUCUGAUAGUUGGGGAAAUCCAAUCCAAGCAGUCUUUAUAACAGCAACAGAAUAAAAGUAAAACUAAGGAUCAGUAAAAGUGACUGGUGGGUUAUAGGCAUCAAAUAUCCUGCUUGCAUUUUCAGUCUUGGUGUAUUUUCCAAGUAAGUAAAAUGAGACCCCAUUUGGUUAUCAGUUUGUGACUCAAAUGCACUGAAAUGCUUUUUUUUUUUUUUAUAUAUAUAUAUAUUUAUUACAUUUAGAUGCAUAUGUUAUGCAGUAUGUGUUUAAU